AUGGAUAAUUGGAAAGAAUCUGGCGGCAACUUCUCCGCCCCUCCCAGAGAUGAUUCGGAAACGUUCAAAACGUCCGUCGCGGGCCAAUCGAACUGGAACGCCUACGAAGGUUCCAGCGAGAAAGAACUCACGCCGGAGGAGAAGAAGGCCAAGGCCAAGGCGGAGGAGGACGCGUCCAACGCCAGAAGAGCCGCCGCCGCGGCGAAGAUGCAAGCCGAAAGAGAAAAAGCCGGCUACAAAGGGUCCAUCUUCUAA